CGCCUCGCGGAGAAACGUUCCGCGUGACCAAGCGGAACCUUCGAUAAUUUUCUUUCGUGUUAACCCGAGCGAAUAACACCGUUGCACCGCUCAGUGUAAGGACACAGCACAAACUCAACACAGAACUCAAGUCUGUUGUUUUGCUAUAUUUUUGUUCAAUUUAUUUAACUUGUUUUCAUUUUGUUGCUGAUAUUGACAUAUUUAUGUCGGUUUACGUCACGUUAAGAUAGAAUUUAUUUUCCACUUUUGACCAAUUCGUGGAAAUUAGCUUGACAACAAUGUGGUAUAAAAAGCCAGUAAGCUAGCAUAAUGCCGUUUGACGAGCGACUCGUCGACUCCAGACAAGUCAACGAGGGAGUCGCUGAGAGGAGCAGCAGGAGUCGUAUCGGACUUGUGAUCACAGGAGCGCUCGGAGGCUCCCUGGUCGCUCUGUAUGCUGUGGCAGCUCCGUUUGUGGCUCCCGCGCUGAGAAAAGUCUGCCUCCCCUUCGUCCCAGCCACCACCACGCAGGUCCAGAAUGUCCUGCAGGUGCUGCGGAGGAGAUCAGGAACCCUGGUGGAUAUUGGAAGUGGAGAUGGACGGAUUGUGAUCGCAGCUGCUAAACAAGGAUUCCAGGCAUCAGGUUUGGAGUUGAACCCUUGGCUCGUUUGGUAUUCUCGCUACAAAGCCUGGAGAGAGGGAGUCCACUAUUCCACUUCUUUCCAGAUCUGUGAUUUAUGGAAAGUCAGUUUUGCUCAGUACUCCAAUGUUGUUAUCUUCGGAGUCCCUCAAAUGAUGGACCAGUUGGAGCUGAAGCUGGCCCACGAACUGCCAAGCACAGCCAAAGUGGUGGCCUGCCGCUUUCCCUUCCCCACAUGGGUCCCUGAAUGUACUGCCGGAGAGGGAAUAGAUACUGUAUGGGUUUAUGAUGCCAAAACAUUUAAGACAAAACACUUUAAUGAGCUGACAGAACAAAUGUCCUCAAAACAGCAGGAUUAUCAUGACUCACAAACAUAAAACCAUCACAUAACUGUGUUAAUUGAGACUGUAAUGAGAAGUUGAAUAUUUUAAAUAAACUAUUCUUCUGUAAAUACUUUAA